AGAAAGCUUCAGCUGUUCAAAAUUACUUUAUUGGCUGUUUUAUCUUUUUCUGUAUCAAACAGAGAUGGAGGAAGGGGUGCAGUGGGCAGCCAGUGUGAUGGACCAUACAACAGGAAUAGAAAAGAAAGCUCAGGCAGAGGAGCGAGUGAGGAGGAUCUCCUCAGAGCUGCACUGUGAGAUUUUGGACCUGAGUGGUGGAGAGAAUAUCACAGAGCUGUGCAAAAGGAAAAAGAAGAUCAAGAAAACAUACUCGCCCAGGGUGUCUGUGGAAAUCCCUGUGACGGGGCCCAUGGAUACUGCAGAAUUCAUGAACGCAGCAAGUCAAGGCAAACUGACUGUAAUAGACAAGUAUCUGGUUGAUGGUGGGAACCCAAAUGUCCAUGAUGAGUUGAAGAGGACAGCGCUGCACCGGGCCUCUCUGGAAGGACACACGGCAGUUGUCCAAACGCUUUUAGAAAAAGGAGCCGAUAUCAACUUUAAAGAUCAACUGGGCUCCAGGGCCAUACAUUGGGCCUGCAGAGGGGGAAGCCUGGGAGUUGUCAAAGCCCUGCAGAGCCACGGGGCUGACCUGAAUGUUAGAGAUAAGCUGUACAGCACUCCUCUGCAUGUGGCCACUAGAACGGGCCACACAGCCAUCGUGGAGUACCUCCUGUCCUGUGGUGCCAAAAUCAACUCCAGGGACAGGGAAGGGGACACAGCCCUGCAUGAUGCCGUGCGUCUCAACAGAUACAAGAUAGUGAAGCUGCUCAUAGCUGCAGGGGCUGACACGAAAAUAAAAAAUCAUGAGGGAGUAACCGCAGUACAGCAGGUAAAACAAUGGCAGUCUGACAUCAUGGAGACCCUGCAGAGCCUGGAGAAGCCGAGAGAGGUGGGACCUGAAAACACCUUGAGAGAGGAGUGAACAGCAUGUAUAUCUACUCAGUAUAUUCUCUAUGACUUCUCUUUUUAUCACUUUCUGUCUCAGGUUCAAAACACAUUCUGUAAUUCCGCUGUAGGUCUGUGUACAUCAUGUCUGAGAUUGAGUGUAUGUAUGUGACAAAAUCAGCUUUUCCAGGGCAUGGCGUUAAAACCUCUGAGAUUAGUCUGAACUCUGACACUGGUAAAUGUCAACUUGGGUGUGAAGGAUUCAAAAUGAUCUGCUUAUCUUGAAUAUGGAGACAAAAACAUCUGAAUGAGGAAGCAAAGCUG